AUGACGAGCAGUCAUCGGACGAGCCCCGAGAUCAUGUCCUCUUCGCCUUCCCCGAGUCUCCGUCGUGGCCAAGCCUGCUUGACGUGCAGGCGCCGAAAGACAAAAUGUGAUGCCGCACGGCCAGCGUGCGCAUCUUGCGUUAGAGAAGGCUUGGGAGAGAGCUGCACAUAUCAGCCACCUUCAGACGAAGCAUCUCAACUAGGGAGGAAAGUAAGGGAACUGCGCUCACGCUUGCGGCAGCUGGAGAGAGCUCGCAUCGCGUCGGAGGGGACACAAUCUCCCAUCAGCACUUCACCGAGUACAUCUGUGAGAAGUUCAUCUGGCGAUGGGAUCCUGACCCAACAUGACACGGAACAUCUGGUUUCCGCCUUCUUUUCCGACGAACAGCCGUUAUGGUUUUUACACAAAGAAUGGUUCCGAGAGGUUGCCAUGUCUUCUGUUGAUCAUACGGGAUCGGUUCAUCCUGCUCUACUGGCUACAGUAUGUGCUCUCGGAGCGCGUAGCACCUCUGCUUGGGACUACUCGGCCUCGGCAGACAGACUCAUGAAAAUCGCCCUGUCCUCUGUCAAUCAGCACCUAGACUCUGGUGGCAUGCAGUUCGCGCAAAACGCUCUGCACCUGAUACAGGCGCGCGUACUUCUGGGUGCAGUGUCAAUGAACGCCGGACAAUCACUGCAGGGCGCCUCGCUCUUGAGCGGAGCGUGCUCGCUGGCGCUUGCUCUGGGACUGCACAAUCCGCACGCGGGGAUCGGCGGUAUAGCUAUGAUCCCCGUUCCCAUCGGACAUCCGCUCCCGCACGCAAACGAUGUGGAGAUCUCUGAACGGACAUGUGCCUUUUGGGUAGCUGCGACACUCGACAGACUGUGGGCACUCGCCCUGGGAAGUCGAGCCCGCAUCAACUUAGAAGCGCUGGAGGUGCACACCCCUUUGCCACAGCGGCCAGAGCACUAUGCACAAACUGGCCAGACAGCAAUCCCACUCGUAAAUCGCUCACUGCGUGAGCUUCUGAGCGGGACUGAUCCAACUUCAGUGUACCGGCCGCAUGUCGGCAACUCCCUGGAGAUUGUUUCCAUAGUCGCUUAUCUGUACGAGCAGUCGGUACUGAUCGCCCGAGGAGAAUCCUCGAGUCUGGCCGUCGAUGUCAUUCUAGCUCGCGCAAACUCAUUAGCUGCCGAGCUAAGACAAACAUCAUUUGCGGAUACUACUGCACUUGCAGCAUAUGUGCUAGCAUGCGGCGUGUCUAUCCAGCUAUACUCUCCUUUGGGAGAUCCGAGAGCGGGGAUCGCUGCUCGCGAGCUCGCAUCUGCUGCCCCGGCUCUUCGCAUCGCCACUUCAGGGCCCGGUUUACUUGAAAUCGCGAUUGGGCUGGUUGUCCCUGAGGCAUGCAUGGUCAUAAGGUCGAGCUCUGGUUGGACUUCGAAUCUCAAUACACCUGGAUAUCCGCCCUCCAAUGAUCUUCAGCUUCUUCGCGGCGUACUGGAACAUUGGGCACCGAGAAGCGUAUACAUCCAAUCGCGACUGAGCCGUUUACCGUAG